AUGCUCCUCGUCGGAAAGUCUAGGGUCGCACCCGUUAAAUCGCUGAGCAUUCCGCGAUUGGAGCUCGCAGCGGCGGUGCUGCUCUCCAGAUUAAUGGAGUUCGUGAUCGCGUCUCUCCACCUUUCCGAGGUUCCGUGCUACUGCUGGACGGACUCCACGGUCGUCCUUGCGUGGGUUACGCAACAUCCGUCACGGUGGCAAACGUUCGUGGCAAAUCGCGUCGCGGAAAUCCAGACCCGACUUCCCUCCGCUUCGUGGCGACACGUGCCCACCAUCGACAACCCCGCCGACUGCGCGUCUCGCGGAAUUCCCGGGCAUCAGCUCGCAUCCCAUCCGUUGUGGUGGCAUGGUCCAUUGUGGCUUAGGCUUCCGAUCUCCGACUGGCCGGUGCCUGUCGACCCUCACCCUGAGACCUCAAUGGAACAAAAUGUAAAGACGCAGGUUCUCGUCGCGAUAUCGAGAGACCCUGUCGUAUGGGAUCUCGCCGCGCGCUACUCGUCGUGGACGAAGUUACUGCGCAUUACCGCCUACGUUAUGCGAUUUAUCUCGCGUACUCGCGGACGUAUCACGUUGCCAGCUGAGCGCGUCGAGAGUCCCUCAUCCUUGACGGGUCACGAAAUUCAACGCGCGACGAACUUUUGGGUAAAAACCAUUCAAGCGGAGCUAUUCGCGCGCGAGCUGACCGCGCUUCGAAGGGGAGACGCGCUGUCAUCGAAAAGCGUACUGUUGCCUCUCGCGCCGUAUUUGGACGAAGAUCAAAUAAUUCGUGUUGGUGGGCGGUUGUCGCGGGCGCCCAUCCCGGCUUACGUCAAACAUCCGAUCGUUCUCGCGCCCCAUCCUCUCGUCCAGCUCCUCAUACAGGAUAUUCACAAGCGAUAUCUCCAUGCCGGCAUCCAGCUCACCCUGGCUACGCUGCGGCGAAGGUACUGGGUGAUCCGAGCUCGCGGUGGCGGUCAGAUCGGUCAUCCAUCGGUGUGUCGCGUGCACUCGCGAGCGAGCUGCCGUCCCGACACAACUUAUGGGGAACCUCCCGCAAUGCAGAGUCUCUCCUCCCGCGCGCGCAUUCAUUCAUUGCGGAGUGGAUUAUGCUGGCCCGAUACUUGUUCGAGCGAUGUCUGGACGCGGAGUGGCCUCCCGAAAGGCCUACAUCGUUAUAUUCGUGUGUAUGGCAACGCGCGCGGUACACUUGGAGUUGGUCGAGGGGUACGCCACUCCGGCAUUUUUGGGGCCUAUUUGCGAUUCGUGGCUCGACGGGGUCUUCCGACGGCGGUGUACUCCGAUAACGGGACCACCUUCGUCGGAGCGGACCGCGACCUCACACUCGCGUUUAGAGCGGCUCUUCGCGAUCCCGUUUUUUUGAACAGGACGGCUUCGGACAAUGUCGAGUGGCAUUUUCUGCCUCCCUCCGCCCCUCAUUUUGGCGGCCUAUGGGAGGCCGGUGUACGAAGCGUGAAGCACCACAUUCGCCGGGUGGUUGGAGCGCACACGCUGACGUUCGAAGAAUUCUCCACGCUUCUUUGUAACGUCGAGGCUUGCCUCAACUCUAGGCCCAUAGCGCCGCUCUCCGACUCGAUAGAUACAUACGAUCCGCUGACCCCCGGGCAUUUUCUCAUUGGUGCCGCUCUUAACUCGAGUCCGGAGCCUUACCUGUUACAGGUAAAAGAAAAUCGCCUAUCUCGAUGGCAGUUGGUUCGGCAGCUCACCGAACGUCUUUGGAAGUUGUGGCAGAGCGAUUAUAUUAACAUGCUGCAACAGCGGAGAAAAUGGCGACAUAUUAAGAAGCCAAAUAUUCGAGUGGGACAAUUGGUUUUGCUUCGCAAUCUUCUGCUUCCACCGUGCAAGUGGGAGCUCGGCCGCGUUGUUUUGUGUCACCGGGUCUCGACGAAUUGGUCCGCGUUGUUACGGUAA